AUGGAUGACUAGCAAAUUUCAAAGUCGUGAUCUAUAGCCGUCCUCUUUCCGUUUGAAUUUGGAAAUGAAGUUACCUCGCGAUUUCGUGAAAUAUGGAGGUGACAUUGAAGAGAAAAUUUGAUAGGUUGAUAUUUAUAUGUGCUCCGUUCAUGAGGGGGCAGUUGCCGCGAGAGAGAUGGCGGCGGCGGUGCUGAACGCCCUCGCGCCGGCGGCCACCGUCGCGCAGCUCGCCGGCGCGGACGCGGCGGGGCUGGUGUCGGCGAUCCUGCAGGCGGUGCGGGCGGCCCGGCGGAACCGGAGGGAGUGCCGCCUCCUGGCGCGGCGCGCGAUGAUGGUGGGCGACCUGCUGCGGCUGCUGCCGCCGGAGUCGGAGACGAUGCGGCGGCCGGAGGUGAGGCGGGCGCUGGACGGGCUGGGCGGCGCGCUCCGGCAGGCGCUGGAGCUCGUGGAAUCGUGCCAGGAGAGCGGCGCCGUGCGCGGCUUGAUGACGGCGGGGAGGCAGGCGGAGCAGUUCAGGGAGGUGCAGGGCGAGAUCAACGACUACAUGCUACUCUUCCCCGUCGUCAGCCACAUCGACAUCACCCGCCGCCUCGACCUGAUUUACGGCCUGCUGCUUCCUGCAGACUCUCAACCCCACCAGAUGCCAGAGGAUGCGCCAGGUUCACCUGGCGACCAUUUUGAAGCUGAUGUUAGGAAUGUGGAGAUCACUGCAGCUGAGGUAAUUCCGUUUGAAAGCAAUCAAACUAUAACAGAGCCUUUUGAGUUCGGUGAACACCAUGUAGCAGGUCAUCAGGAAGGUUUGGAAGAGCUGCUGUCCAAAGUGCAGAGGUUGAAAUGGCUUUGCUGGUGGUCUCAGCAUGAUUCUCUAGAGCGUCCAUCAACUUAUGACUUAUUAAAGGCUGCUACAAAUAAUUUCUCAUCUAAAAGUAAAAUUGCAAGUGGGGGUUGGGCUACUGUUUACAAGGCUCAAAUGCGUAAUAGUCUUGAGAUUGCAAUCAAAGUAUAUCCUAUGGGCACGGGAGAAAAACGUGUAUUUUCCCAGUACGAAAGGGAGCUUAAUUUACUUACGAAGCUUCAGCAUACGAAUAUAAUUAAACUUCUUGGACACUGCACUGGAGAAUGGGAGCUGAUUUUGAUAUAUGAAUAUAUGCCCAAUGGGAGCUUGGACAAAUUUAUACAUGGCCCAAAUAGAGAAGUAUCGUUUGACUGGUUUUCGUGCUUCAAAAUAAUUCAAGGGAUAGCAGAGGGUCUGCUCUAUCUACACACGUAUGAAGCUGAGAUAUGCAUUGUGCAUAGGGAUUUGAAACCGAGCAACAUUCUGCUUGAUUCAGAUAUGAAUGCUAAGAUAGGUGAUUUUGGUAUAGCUAAAACUAUAAGCCCGGCACGGCAGCAAGACACAUAUGUAUCAGGCACAUUUGGGUAUAUUGCUCCUGAAUAUCUUCGUGGAGGUAUUUUAUCAACAAAGGUUGAUGUAUAUGCCUAUGGUGUCAUUCUUCUAGAGAUUAUUACUGGCAGGAGGUCCUGUAUUCCCUGUCUAAAAGAUGAUGAGUAUGUGCAUUUAACUGAGUAUGCCUGGGAUCUAUGGAGAACCGGAAGAUCAGCUGAGCUUCUAGAUGCAGCAUUGCGCAAUGAGGCUCGAAUUGCUGAGAUAACAAGCUGCAUUCAGAUAGCGUUGUUGUGUGUUCAGAAGGAUCCGGCUGACCGGCCUUCCAUGUUGGAUGUGCUUGCGAUGCUAAGAGAUGAGAAGAUUGUAGCUGCCCCUAAGAAACCAGGUGAUCUUCUCCUUGGAGACGAAACGAGCGUAGAGUCAGGUGAUCUUCUCCUUGGAGAGGAAACGAGUGGAGAGACUGCACAUUGGUUCGCAAGCAGCGGCGCUACUUGCAGUUCUACUGAGUUCACGGUGCCCCGGUGAGAAGAGAUUUUGUCAUAUUUGAAGCUGGUGGCUACUUAAGGUGCAAGUACGUUAUGUAUAAAGCUAUUACCUUUGAUUAUUCACAGCGUUGCAAGCAAAAUAAGCAUGGUGAAUGUGUAUUUCAGAUUCUGAGUAAUUAUGGAUUUACCAUAUGUGAUGGAAAUAAAUUAAACAUACAGAAGGUGGAAUGUAUAGUAUAUCAUAAAUAUUUUAGACAAAAUUGGCUACAAGCAAUAUAAUUCUGUGGCAUUUGCUUA